AUAGGUUUGAGCAUGACACACUCGCCAAGCCAGAGCAAAUUCCUCCCCGACAGGCAGAUACGCGGCCGGCAGAUCGAGGCAGGUAUGGAUUCCUGGAUCUUACAUGCUCUCCUUGUGGCUGGACUGGUGAUAUAUGGAUCCAAUGCUGGGGUUACCUCUGGGUACAAUGGAACGGACAAUGUGACCAAGAACAGUGGCGACGAUGGGGAUAACGAGUUCAAUGGCAAAACCCAAUCACUAGCCAUCACCAGUGUCACCAACAAUGUCACCAAUAUGACCACCAUCACCAGCGUUACCAACCUCACUGCCGUUCAUAACACCAGCCUCAAGGUCACUCCCCCUAAGCAUAGCCACACCCCCAACCUGAGCCCUCAGGGUAAGUUGCAGACUGGCUGGCUGCUGCUGGCUCUGGGAAUCGUGCUGCUGUUCUGUACGGCGCUGCUGGUGUCCACCAUCACGCUGGCCUGCCAGGUCCGGAACCUCCGGGACCAGCUCAGCUCAGUCUGGCCAGCCCACCCGGCCCGUGUAAAUGCCGACGUGAUCAGGGUCGGGAAGGUCACCGAGGUGAUGGAGACAGAGAUGGAAAAGAUGAUGGAGGAGGCCGAGAACACAGUGGAGAAAACGCUUCGCGUGGAGGCCGACGCCCAGGAGACAGAGGCUGCCACUGUCGUCCCCACAGCUCCCCCUGCUGACCCCUCCUCAGACUGCGUCCUGAAUGUCUGACCUGAGAGCCACCUGCUGACAUGAGGUGACACCGCUAGUGAAUCCACUAACAGGCUGGGGGUUUAAGCUUCUGUUUAAUUUGACUGAAGUGACAGUCGUUGCUUUUCCAUACUAUUUUUAAGCUUGGGGGAGUAGAGGAAGGCCAAAGUAAUGUUGCUCCUCCACACGAUAAAGCACAGGGUUUUCAUCUGCCUCUCUAAUUAUAGUGUUUGAUAUUAAAAUGGGCGGCAUGGUGAUGCAGUGGUUAGCACUGUCGCCUCACACCUCUGGGACCCGGGUUCGAGUCUCCGCCUGGGUCACAUGUGUGCGGAGUUUGCAUGUUCUCCCCGUGUCGUCGUGGGGUUUCCUCCGGGUACUCCGGUUUCCCCCCACAGUCCAAAAACAUGCUGAGGCUAAUUGGAGUUGCUGAAUUGCCCGUAGGUGUGCAUGUGUGAGUGAAUGGUGUGUGAGUGUGCCCUGCGAUGGGCUGGCCCCCCAUCCUGGGUUGUUCCCUGCCUCGUGCCCAUUGAUUCCGGGAUAGGCUCUGGACCCCCCGCGACCCAAUAGGAUAAGCGGUUUGGAAAAUGGAUGGAUGGAUGGAUAUUAAAAUGAUCUCUUACAUUUGAAGACCUAAUACCACAAAGAUUUUGAAUCUUCAACUCAAUGAUUUUUAAACUAUGGUAUGUGAGCUCCCUCUAGUGGUUCAUGGAGGUAUGUUCUUUAGUGACAUUGGUCUCUGGUACCCAGAGAGCCUGAUAUGUUCUGAGGUGGUUCUUUGUGCAAAAAGUUUGAGAUCCACUGCUUUAACCAUUUAUGAAACAGCUAACAGUCGCAUGUUGGAAAAAUUCUUGAAACGUACAACGGCCGUUUCCCUCCGAAGAUUUCAAGCAUCAGCAUGUGAGCAUUUGUUCUGUAACAAUACUGCCACCUGCUGGCCUUUAAAAAAAAGCUUUAAUUACAAAUUAUACCGUAAGCAGGAUUUGUUUUAACUUGGAAUAAAAUACUACAAAAGUA